AUGGUUGAAAAUAACAAAUAGUAACUAGAAGAUAGUAAGGUUUUCGAGAAGAUCUCCUAGACAUUCUCCACUACAGAUAUCAGGACAGUAUACGCAUUCGAGAAGCUCAUUGGAGGUGGACAUUUCGGAUCAGUUAGAUUAGCACAUAGAAUUACAGACCCCUAGAUCAAAUAUGCUGUAAAGAGCAUACUGAAAGAGAAUAUAAAAAAGGAUGUAAAACUAUUAGAGGAAGAAUUAGCUAUUUUGACUGCAGUCGAUCACCCAAAUAUUAUCAAAUUUCAUGAGACCUAUAUUGAUUACAGAUAUGUUCAUAUCGUGAUGGAGCUGUCAGAGGGAGGAGAAUUAUUUGAAAAAAUAGUAGAGAUGCAUAAGUUUAGUGAAUCACAAGCUGCCAGUCUAUUGAGAAAAAUACUCUCUGCAGUUAAGCAUCUUCAUGAGCACGGCAUAUGUCAUCGUGACUUAAAGCCAGAAAAUUUCUUAUUUAGCGAUAAAACACCUGAUACAGAGAUUAAGCUAAUUGAUUUUGGAUUGUCUAAAAGAUUCGGAACUAUAUAGGAGCAUGACCCAAGUGAGAAGAUGCACACAAUUGUAGGUACUCCUUACUAUGUUGCGCCAGAGGUACUAAAGGGAAACUACGAUUUUUCAUGUGAUGUUUGGAGUUUAGGUGUAAUUCUCUUUAUUAUGCUUUGCGGUUAUCCUCCAUUUGAGGGGGACAAUAAUAAAGAGAUCUUUAAGAAUGUACUCAAGCAGAAACUAGAAUUCGAUCCUCAGGAUUGGACAGACAUCUCUCCAGAGGCUAAGGAUUUAAUUACUCAGAUGCUAAUCAAGGAUCCUACUCAAAGAAUAUCAGCAGAGGGAGCACUUAAUCAUAAGUGGUUUGAGCUACAGCAUGACUCAACAGUUUCCCUUGAUGCCAAGAUUAUCUAGAGGAUCAGAGAUUUCAGAGCUAAUAAGAGAAUUCAGGUAGAAACAUUGACAUUCUUAGUCAAUAACGUGACUAAGGAAAUAGACUUUAAAGGACUUAGGGAUGCUUUCAGAGUAUUGGACAAGAAAAACACAGGACUUCUAACUGUAAACGAAAUAAAAGAAGCAUUUAAAGGUUCAAACUUUUCAAACGAGGACUUAGACAAUAUCUUUAAGAAUAUAGACUUAAACCACGAUGGAGAAAUUAACUAUAGUGAGUUCUUAGCUGCAACUGUGGAUAAAAAGAAGGCAUUAACACUCCAAAAUUUAUGGUUUGCUUUUCAUCAUUUUGACGUUGAGAACUCUGGAUAUAUAACAGAGAGAGGACUAGAAGAGGUGUUUCACAGAGAAGGCCGAUAAAUAAAUAAAGAUCAUAUUCAUGAGAUAAUGAAGCAAGCAGACCCUGAAAAUAAAGGGCGUAUUUCAUUUGACGAUUUUACCAAGUUAAUGAAAGCUAUAGUUGAUAUAUCUCAUUGA